AUGUUUGCCCUUAUACUGACAGCAGAGCUGACGGGCGUGACAAAUUUGCGCCCCGAUGAUACGCAAGACAACCCGUUCUGGUACAUGUUCAAGGUCCAGUGUACGUCUUGCAGAGAGACUCAUGAGAAUUAUGUUGGAGUAAACCGCUUCGAAACCAACGAAAUGAGCGGCAGUCGGGGCGAGGCCAACUUUGUUUGGAGAUGCAAGAACUGCAAGCGAGAGUCAUCCGCGACGAUCAAGGCAGCUCCGUCAGCCUAUGAGCAGGGAGAGCCCCCAAAGGCGCAAAAGGUGUUUGAGUUUGACUGCAGAGGUUUGGAGUUUACAGAGUUCAAGGCAGAGGGCGAGUGGCUGGCCGAUGGAAUUGACUCCGGCACCAAGUUUACCGGAAUUGAGCUGAUAGACGGAGAAUGGUUUGACUAUGACGAAAAGGCGAGCGAGGAGGUCAGCAUCAAGGAGCUGUUUAGCAAAUAA